CAACAUGGCAGUCGUUUCGCCAUGUAACGAGAGGAUCAUGAUGUGUUUUUAGCAUGUUGGGAAUUGCCAAGCGGCGGCGGAGGCGAUGGCCGAGUUUGCCGCGUUCCACUACUUAAUGCACAAGAACGUCAAGAGUCCCGGUGGGUCGGGGCCGUCCAUGAGCAUGGACGAAUUCGCCAAGCAGUUUGGACGACCCGAGAAAGGUCCGCCAACGUUUCCAGAGCUGUAUUCGCCUCGGCCCACGCGACAGCUCCACGUCGCCGUCAAGCUGUAUUGGCGAACGAAUGACCGCAUCGAGUACCGUUUUGUCGAAGUCCGAGCGCACAGUGUCCUCGUCAUUAUGUGCCUGAACACUACACGUCGCAGGAAUACCGACCGCUGUGCGUGGACGCAGAGCUCUUGUACAAACUCGUGGAGAACAAGAAGCAGGGGAAGCCAUGGAACACUGCCGUCGUGAAGCGCAUGUUGUCCGACGUCGAACUCAAAGCCGCCGUCCCAGAUUUCUUGUUGAGUCGCCUCAAGCUGUCCGAGCCACCGACGUCGACCGAGUCAACCGCCCCUUCGGCCACCGAGCGCCAUUGCUUUCUCGAGAAAUCGUUUGGGGACGAGUACGAUACCCUCCUCUGCGACCCCCCUCCAGUGGCGCUCGAGACUGUCUUAGACGGUGUCGAACGAAAAGGCACCCCAAUAUGGCUGUCCCAACCCGUUGACGUGCCUUCGUCCAUCGUCAUCCCAACUAGCGAAGUCCAGGCAAGCACGGAUACAACGCCGCCUGCCGACGUGAGAGAAAGUGUGCCGGCAGGGGGUUCGGGGGCCGUUGCGGUCCGCGUUCUCAAGACCGCAACCAGUUCGCCCAAGAAAGACGCCAAACAACUCAAGGGGGGCAGCACCAAGCCUGCUAAACCCGGGCAGAUCAAAGCUAAGCCAUAGUUCGAACAACGUCGGUCAUACUACUGCC